AUGCGGGUGCGCCUGGGUGCCCUAGCCGGGGCUGCGGCGCUGUCGGGGGCGCUCAGUUUUGUUCUCCUAGCAGCUGCCAUCGGCACAGACUUUUGGUACAUCAUCGACACUGCCAGGUUGGAACAGCGCGGCCCGGGGGUCCCGGGGGGCCCGGGGGUAGGCGGGGCCCGAGAUUCUGGUGGUGGCAAUGCCGGAGGAGGCUUCAACCAGAGCCAACUGGAGCCGCUCAGCUCGCACUCUGGGCUCUGGAGGACCUGCCGGGUCCAAAGCAAGUGCACACCCCUGAUGAACCCCUUCUGGCAGGAGAAUGUGACAGUCUCGGACUCAGACAGACAGCUUCUCACUAUGCAUGGGACGUUUGUGAUCCUUUUGCCGCUCAGCCUGAUCCUGAUGGUCUUUGGAGGGAUGACGGGAUUUAUAAGCAUCCUCGCCAGAGCCUAUCUCCUCCUCCUCAUGACUGGGAUACUUUUCCUUUUUGGAGCCUUGGUGACUCUCUCUGGGAUCAGUGUCUACAUUGCCUACUCGGCAGCAGCUUUCCAAGAAGCAGUCUGUCUCUUGGAAGAGAAGGACCUCCUGAACCAGGUGGACAUCAGGUUCGGAUGGUCCUUGGCUCUUGGCUGGAUCUCCUUCAUCUCUGAACUCCUCACUGGGGCAGCAUUCCUACUGGCAGCAAGGGUGGUUGGCUUGAAACGGAGACAGGACCAAGCAAUAUGAAAGAGUCAAUGCAGGGAGAGUCUUGGUGCUGGGGAGAAUGGGAGUUGGUGGGAGGCACUUUCAUAAAGCAAAGG